AGAGAACUAACACACAUGUGAGACUAGCAACUCUAUAAACGUCUUUUGUUGCUUGUUAAUAUGUUUUUUGGUCUGCUAACACAUCGUGGCAAGGAUGUCUGGACGACUUAAACGAAACCGGAAGUAAACUGGAGGGAUUACUGUCACUUCGCUUUAAUCUUCUCAGUUGCUGCCAUUGCAAGCGAAGAGGUUGAAGUGCCAGCAUGGUCGUACUGAAAGGAAUCCCCUCUGUUUUAUCACCUGAAAUGUUGUAUGCUCUCGCGAAAAUGGGCCACGGUGAUGAACUGGUUCUUGCGGAUGCAAACUUUCCAGCAUCUUCCAUUUGUGCCAGUGGUCCUAAAGAAAUAAGAGCUGAUGGUUUAGGAAUCCCACAGCUUUUGGAGGCCAUUUUGAAGCUGUUGCCCCUGGAUACCUAUGUCCCCUCUCCGGCUGCAGUCAUGGAUCUGGUAGACAGUGACAAACAGAGAGGUUUAGAUGUCCCUGUGUGGGGCACCUACACCCGGCUCCUGGGUCAGGUUGGGUCUCAGACUCCUCUUGAGAAGGUGGAAAGGUUUGCUUUCUAUGAACGAGCCAAGAAAGCCUACGCUGUUGUGGCAACGGGGGAAACAUCUCUGUAUGGUAACCUGAUACUGAAGAAGGGGGUCAUUCCUGCUGAGCUGCUACAGUGAUAUAUACACACACACACACACACACACACACACGCACACAUAUUGUAAAGUAAUGAUGAUCUAAUGAUUUCAGUUACAACUGUAAUUCUUUCUCAUGAACAUCAGGAGAAGGUGAAUAUUUUUGCAUAAAACCCUUUUUCAAUGUUCUUUAGUUUCAACCACAUGCUGUGAGUUCAAAACAUAAUUUGUUCCGGGUUAUGUGUAAUUACUAUUGUAAAUAUUAUCUGAUAAAUCUCCAGUUUACAUGGAGCAGAAAUGUUUUUGUAUUUUUGUAACUACCAUUAUGCAUAUAUUUCAAUAAAUAAAACACAUUAAGUCUUUGAUAUGUAUGUUAAAGCA